CGCACUGAAAAGAGCUUUGGAUUAUUGACUGAUAACAUCUCCAGCAUUCCUACAGUUAUCGACACUUGUAGCUAUCACAGUGUCCCAUCCAAAAGCAUUGUUAUUCUAUGAGACAUUCACCAACGCCUAUAGGGAGGAAGCGUCAAUAACCUCUUCUUUAACGGGAGCCAUGUAGAGCUGGACUGACAAUGCUCACAGCAAGACAAUGCUUUUGGGAUUUCUAGUGAUCUGAAACUUCCUGGGUGGCAGAUAUUUAUAUAAAAUUUUCAGAUUGUGCAUAAGUUGUCAUCACAAUGGGAAGAAAAAAGAUCCAAAUAACCCGGAUACUCGAUGAAAGAAAUCGUCAGGUGACAUUUAUGAAAAGAAAGUUCGGUCUGAUGAAGAAAGCCUACGAGCUGAGCGUUCUCUGUGACUGUGAGAUUGCCCUGAUCAUCUUCAACAGCUCCAACAAGCUCUUCCAGUACGCCAGCACAGACAUGGACAAAGUUCUGCUCAAAUACACUGAGUACAAUGAGCCACACGAAAGCAGGACCAACUCAGACAUUGUGGAGGCCCUGAACAAGAAGGAGCACCGCGGUUGUGACAGUCCGGAUGCAGACUCCUCCUACGUACUCACUCCAAGCACAGAGGAAAAGUACAAGAAGAUAAAUGAGGAGUUUGACCACAUGAUGAGGACACACAAAAUUUCCGCAGGUCACGCUCCCCCAGUCUUCAUGCACGGUGUACCCUACAGCAGCAGUGUGGGGGCAGCCUCAGCUCUGUCGGACAGCGGCCUCCUCACAGCCGCUCACAGCCAGCUCCAGAGGAACAGCUCGCCCCAGAGACCUCCCAGCACUGGACCCACAGGUGGUCACCAGGGAAGCUCAGACCUUACCUUGCAUAAUGGAUCCGGUAAUAUUGUGAAUGGUUUUUUAAGUCCAUCCAGUGGCAGCAGCAUGGGGAAGAUCAUGGCACCCAAAUCUCCCCCAACAUCUUCAUCCAAAAGCAAGACAGAUCUGAGAGUUGUCAUCCCCCAGUCCAAAAACAUGACACAGAAUAAUCAUAGACAGUCCAGUCAGCCACUGUCCACCCCUGUGGUCUCCAUGACAACUCCCAGCCUGCACCAGAGCCUGGUCUACUCAGGGAGCAGCUCCGCCUAUAACAAUGAUUAUCCUCAGUUGUCAGGCUUCUCCUCCCCUUCAGGCCCUUCUCUGGGCUCCAUGGCAACAUGGCAGCAACACCAGCUAAACUCUCUGAGUUCAGCAGGUUCCAGUUUGACCAUCAAUUCAAACCACAACAUCAACAUAAAAGCUGAGCCGCUGUCCCCACCUCGCGACCACCUAAACCAGUCCAGAUACAUGGGUGUGUCUCACAGAGUGGCCCCUCCCCCUCACUCCACUAACUCCUCCUCUGUUCAGGCAGAGGUGGGCAGGUCACCCACAGACAGCAUUGGCUCCUCCUGCAGCUCCCAAGAGGGUGGUACCAGUGACCGUGAUGAGCACCCACACAGAGCAGACUUCCACUCACUUCCUGUUGGACACAUGAGCCGUGCAGAGGGCAGGGAGAGCCCCACUUUCAAACGCAUGCGGUUGGACAGUUGGGUGACCUAAGGGCCUGAUCCAAAUCAAAGACAUUUGCUGUUAAAUUAAACCUGUUUUCAGAUGUUGGACAAUGACCAAGGCCAAGGUUAAACAACUUGAACAUACCAAAAUAAUCAUAUAUUAAACCUUUGAGGAAACUGGCACCAAGUGAAGCUACAAUCCAAGAAUUAAUAAUCAAAACAAGGAAAUGUUACAAUGUACUUUUAGAUUUCCCUAAUAGAUGGCGCCAAGUGCUCAAUUUGUUGCAUAUCUCAGGGCUUGGAACUUGGAAUAAAAGCAAUAUUUCUUUAAUUUUCUUACUCAUCACAAGGUUAUUUAAUAUCAUGUCAUCUGUGCUUUUUCUUUCUUUUUUUGUUUUUUUGUAUUUUGUAUGAACAUAGAAAAUAAUUUAUAACUAAUAGUAUACAAUAGAACUAUGUUGUUGUUGGUUUUAAACAUAAGGCCAUGCACUCUUUCUCUGUAUUUGUAUUUCAAAUGUCCUUAUUGGUUUGUAUAAAGUAUCCUUAAUAUAUAUCACUUUUGAUUUAA